GUGUCUUUGGCAUCGCUGUGGGUGUGUAACUUACACUGUCUCCAUUCCACCGAACCAACUACUCGCAUUGAAACUGGCCAUGCCUGUCCAACACUGUAGCUAGUCUCCGUCUUUAUCACCCUUUCACCGUCUCCUUUGGACCAAGGAGUGGCGAAAUUAUUCGGUUUGGUGUCGCUUGUCGUCUGCUUUGACCUGCUUAACCACUAACGUCCUGAACAGGAUUUGCGGUCUGUCAAUGAGGAACUACAGGCUCAUCUUCUGCCACAACCUGAAGCAACCAUAGAUGAAUUUGGUUUACUACUAGUGAGUGGAGCAGGAGAUAAAGUUAACUUCUUGGUGCUUGCUAAUACAACAAGACGGACUGAAGCAGCUCGGCUGUGGAGGCGAUGAGGAAGAGCCUCUCUACUUCCCUCAGCGACUCCCUUAGCACGACCAGAGUGUUCGGGAUCCCCUUGGAGGAGGUGCAGCACAGCGGACAGCCAGGACAUGAGGUCCCCCUGCUGGUCAGGAGCAUUGUGGAGUACAUUGAAGAGCACGGGGGGCUGCAUCUGAGCCUGUUUCUAGUGAACGGGAACGCAGAACGCGUGGAAUGGCUCAGGCAGCGCUACGACAGUGGAGUUGAAGUCAAUCUAGAGAAGGAGGCCGACCUGGCGUCUGCCGUUAGCCUGCUACGCCUCUUCCUGCAGGAGCUCCCAGAGCCCAUCAUCCCUGCAGGCUUACAGGCACAAAUAAUGCAGCUCUACCAGGAUUACAGCAUUGAAGAAGAGCUGGGCAGAAACAUGAAGUACUUCCUUCAGCAGCUGCCGCAGGUCAAUUACAGUUUGCUCCGCUUCUUGUGCCGCUUCCUGUCCGGUGUGGCGUCUCUACAGGAGGAGAGCUGGAGCUUAGGAGCUCUUGCUGCCGUCUUUGGGCCUGACAUUUUCCAUUUAGACACCGAUGUGGAGGAUCUGAAAGAGCAGGAGUCAGUCAGUCGGAUUCUGGCAGAACUGCUGGAGAACCAGGAGGAGUUCUUUGAAUCGGAGGACGAAGACAUCUCUAACACCAAUGACUACAGCUCCAUUAAUGACCAGAUCACAGAGCUCCUGGAGGAAGAGAAGUUGGAUGCUUGUGAGGAGCUCCCGCGAGAUGGAGAGGACGGACCCUCCUCCCUGUCCCCCAAACAUGCCCAAGUCGCCCCCUCCUCCAGUUCUCACAUUGCUUCCAUCAGCAUUCUUCCAGGAUCUGCCGAUAUAAUCCAGAGGACCAUCCGUGCUGCGGUGGAACAGCACUUGCUGGACUUACAAACGUCCAUUGACAAGGAGCUCGGCAGCUAUGAGAGUCAGGUGUUGGACUCCAAACCCAUUCAUGGAAAUAGCCCUACUCUGAAAACACCAGGGCCUGAGGACCAUGAAGAUGUGCAGUCCGAAUCUGAGGCAGAGACUGAGACUCUCCCAGAGGUUACAGAGGAGGGCCUGCCGUCAGAGAAUAGCGAAGAAUCUCAAGGUUCUCAGCUUAGCAGCCCUAUCAUGGAAGAAAGUUCUGGGAUGGACCUUGACACAGAGACUCUCAUAGAAACCGAGAGUCUUGGCGCAGAAAGACUGGAGAAGCACUCAGACUAUGAGCAGAUGGACCAGACUGAUGUUAUCACCUACGAGCCCGAUGACUGUGACCUGAAUGCUAAUACUGAGUCCACAGAGCCAGCCAGCGGUUUUCAGUCUUCGACCAGAAGCAUGUUCUUGGAAGGCGAACAAGAAGCAUCAUGCCCCAUCAAUUUCCCACCCAUUGACUUCACUUGUAUGCACCUGCAGAGAGAAGGGAACGAUCCCAUGCCAGUGUUCAUGUCAUGGCAAGAGGAGACCGAGUCAGGGGAGGCCCAACUGUCCCCGCUGGCAGGCCGCAUGAUGCCCUUACCUCUAGAAGAGGAUGCUCAUCCACUACUGGCUCGACGGUUUCUGGAUUUUGGCCACAGCCAGCGGUUCUUGCAGCAAGACCAUGAUGCUUCAUCCUCCACCAAAACUCUGUCAUGUGGGAGGCCUCGCCGUGCUUCCCUCUCUUCCAAAGACAGUGUGAAAGGAGACAAUGUCUCUCAACAGCUCACCAAGAAACUCCAGAACCUCAAGAAGAAAAUCAAGCAGUUUGACGAACAGUUUGAAAAAGAGAGAAACUACAAGCCAUCUCACGCUGACAAGGCAGCUGACCCGAAAGUGUUGAAAUGGAUGACUGACCUCACCAAAAUCCGCAAGCAGCUCAAAGGACGACAUCACCUCUUACCCAAAGGUUCCCUGAGGCACCAGGCCGUGCUUCAGUCUUACAGAUGCCAUUCGUCCUCUUCCUCCGUCCCGAACACACCCCAUAUUACACUGUCACGCCCCCUUGCCUCUAGACAGUCACCCCACUUCUAUGCCAAACACAAGGCUGAAAGUGAGCUGACUCCACAGACACGUCCACGCAGUAACACUUUACCCAAGAGCUUUGGAUCCACUUUGGAUCAGUCCGCUUAUGAGGACACUGUGGAGAUUGAGGCACGGGGUCACCGGCCCACUCGAGAGGAGACGCUGGAGCUCAUUCAGCAGUGUAUCCAAUCCAAAAGAGAUGAGGAUGGCUGGCCAGAAGAUGUCAGAAAAAUGACCAAAGAGCAGCUUGCCAGUGAGAAAACAGUACUGCAGAAGAACCUUCUGUACUAUGAGGGACUGCAUGGCCGCCCGGUGACUCGAGAGGAGCGCUUGAUUGUGAAGCCCUUGUAUGACAGAUACCGCUUGGUCAAGCAGAUGCUCACCCGUGUCAGCAUCACCCCCAUUAUAGCUUCUCCCUCAAGCAAACGGCGCAAUCAAAUGUUACAGCCCAUCAUUGAGGGCGAAACGGCCCACUUCUGUGGUGAAAUCGAAGAAGAGGAGGAGGAUGAGGGCAGGGGGCAGCAGGAAAAUGUAGAGAUGCAAAGCGAGUGCUCUGAUAUCAUCAUGGACCCAGUAGCCCAACCCAGCUCCCAGCAUCCCACUCAGGAGAACAUCCUCAGCUCCGGGAAGCUCAAUCUCGAUCUGCGUCUGUCCAGUACCAACGCCUCCUCAAUGCCUGAGCUCCUGGAACAGCUAUGGAAGGCAAGAGCAGAGAAGAAGAAACUGAGGAGGACCAUCAGAGAGUUUGAAGAUGAGUUCUACCAGCAGAACGGCAGGAAUGUUCAGAAAGAAGACCGCUUGCCUAUGAUGGAUGAAUACAAGGAGUACAAGCGCAUUAAAGCCAAACUCCGGCUUCUGGAGGUCCUCAUCAGCAAGCAGGAUUCAUCCAAGUCCAUCUAAAAAGUUUCCAGUUGUCUCCAGGAGCCAAUCAGAUCAGCCAUCUCUAAUGCCCAAGCAAUGAUAUCAUCUCGACAGUGGUCCAACAAUUUUCACUGUCGUCCUUCAUCGCUCAGCCACUGAAGAAAAUGAAACCCCAGUCAUCUAAAAGAAAAACCUUACAAAGUUCUUCUCCUUAUUUAAGUUUGAUAUUCAGACUUUUGUUUGUUCCUGUUUCCUCAUUGCGUGAGCUUUCUCAUACUGAGAUUCCACCAGGGGGGUGUGCUGGGAUCAGUAGACAUCAGGCAUCUAACUCUUCCUCAGACCACAUAUACGGUCAACAUAUUUCAAACACCCACGUCAUACUCCUCCUCUCCCCGAUUAAUGAGGGGGCUUUGUGUUCUCCGAGGGUGUGAUUUGGGUUUUGUGUAUGUACACUUGUACAGAUCUAUACUCUACUGUAUGUAAGCAUAAAUAUUUCGUGUUUUUCUUGAUGAAGACUGAUCAGCACAGAUUUCACCCUUCCGCUUUUUGCUUACAAAUCAGAAGACUCUUGCAUCAGGGGGGUGCUUUUUUAAUCCCGUGGAUCACCUGAUCAGACUGACGAAAGCAACUCCAGCUGGACUGUCACAAACACUUCCUGAUUCAUAUGUAAAUAACACGUAGCUGUAAGUCGACUCUAUUACUGUGUUCUAUCUAUUAUGUACGUUUUACUAAAAGGACGACGUCAUGAAAAGUGAAUAUAUAUAUAUAUAUAUAUAUGCCAAACUGACAUGUAGGUUUGUCAAUGUUAGAUCACAGCAGUAGAUCAUUUCUGACUCUAUUAGUAAUACGAAUAAAUAGAAUUUGUUUGUUUUUGUAACGUUAACAGUUUUUCCACACCUCCAGACUCUCUGAAAGUAUCCAGUCAUGACCAGUAAUGCUGUAAUCAUCUUCAAACAUGAUGACUUAAAGGAAUAGUUCACCCAAAACAAGGGUAUUUAACAAACUCAUGCCAUUUCAAUCUUCUCGAGACCUUUGUUCAUCUUCGAAACACAAAUGAAGAUGUUUUAGAUGAAAUCCUGGAGCUCUCUUAUGCUCCAUUAACAAGGGUCCAGAGAAUGUUCAGUGUAGAAAAGGAGCCCAGAACUAUCCUGUGACUUCAGUGGUUCAACUGUAAUCAUAUAAAACUCCAAGAACACUUUUGGGCACCACGUAAAAAUGACUUUGUCUCCACCAUCAGGGUUUGUGUAUGUUUUUGGAGCUUACUAUGAUUACAAUGUUACGUUUUUUUCUGAGCUUUGGAAAUAUCUUAAUUAAUGUUUCAUAUAUGUGAGCUCUUAGGGGAUUGGACCGAUGUGUGAGUGAGUAAUUAAUAACAGAAUCAAAAUUUUGCGUGAACUAACCCUUUAAGGCUCUGUAGUUAACUAUUUAGGAAGUUGCAGUGUCGUCGUGUCUCUCGACGUGUGAUGUACAUGCCGUCAUUAUCAUGUGUCGUGUUUUUAGGGCAUAGGAUGUGGUUUGUUGUUAGUGUGGCGGGAGGUCAGAGGUUGUCCUGGCACUGCGGGCACCACUCCUCAGCAUAUCAUCUGAUCUGUCGUGGUCACUUUCAGCUGCCAGCUCAUAUCAUUGCAGCAUCCGCUUCAACUGGCCACCCAAAAGAUGCUGCAGGCAUUGAGUUGAGCUGAUAGAGCGCCAAACAACUGCAUAACGUCUUAUCCAAGAGAUAAGGGAGGAGUGAUAUACCGGAUGGGGUCGCUGGGAUGGAGAGCGUCGGCUUUGGGAGUCGUCGGAGGUCAGAUGGAUGUUCUGUGUGCUUGUCGAAUGGAUGUGUGUCCGUGGCAGAUGAAGGAGGUGAUGGAGAUUAUUUGCACAGCAUUCUGGGAAUGCAGUCUGUUUCGUUUGUCUUUCUCGUUAAUUAAAGCACUACUUGCAGAUGAAGGCUGCAAGAGCAUGUUGUUAUUUGAUGCGUUCUGGCCCAUCUUUCACCGUGUGGUGUUGUCUUUUUUAUGACCAUUAUUUUGUACUCUCAUUUCGUUUGUCGUCUCUCUUCCUGCGAUUCAUCUUAACAGAGCGGUUUCUCUGUAUUCGUGAAGCACUUGCUUUGUCCUGUUUUGUAUAAGCUUGUCAGUAGUAGGUUUGCAUGGCAGAAAUUUGUAUUUCUAUUUUUGUGCCAUGAAAAUGAAGCAAUAAAUUAGCAUCGAGGCCUGUAUCAGUGGAAUGAGAGGCCUCCCGUAACUACUAUGUGCAUUUUCAAUAAAAAGCUUGUGAGUAUUA